AUGUUGAUGGCUGCAUUGACACGCGGGAUCCUCUCGAAGCUUUACCUCUACGCAUUACAGACUCGUUUUCAGGUGUUUUGGGCAUUCAACAGCUAUACGAAGCUGGAUAUCUACCUCUAUCUGUCUUCUACCCGCCUCUUUGCCCCCAUUCACAUCUACCAACAAACAAACACGCAUUACCCAACUGCAGCGCGUGAUCUCGAGGCAACCGCGGCAACCGCGGCGGCGACCGGGGCCGGGGUGGCGAUCGAGGACGGGGUGGCGACCGUGGCCGAGGUGGUGAUAGGGGCCGUGGCGGCGAUCGGGGUCGAGGCGGCGGUGACCGAGGCGGUGGCGGCGACCGGGGUGGUGGCCGAGGAAGAGGAGGCUUUGAUCGCGGAGACUACGGCGGAGGCCGCGGCCGGGGAGGCUACGAUCGUGGAGACUACGGUGGAGGUCGUGGCAGAGGAGGCUACGAUCGCGGCGGAGGAGAUCGCGGCGGUUACCGUGGUAGCUUCAGCGGCUUCCGGGGAGAUGGCCCACGAGGCGGUGGUCGAGGUCGGGGCGGGCGGCGUGAUGCCUCUCCUGGUAUUUCCAGGGCCUUUGGCCUGUAGCUACGGUGAUGCGAUUCCAACUCCCAAUGCUGAAGUCGCUCAACUCGAAACUCAGAUUGUCUCACGCCAAUCCGCCUCGCUUGCAUCCAUCACCUCUCAGAUGGCUGGCAUGAGUGUUAAAGGCAAAAAGAGAGGAGGCGGCAAUGUUGGCGGCAAACCCCCGCCUCCAAUGAACGACCGGCUCCCUGCCAGGCCAGCGUUUGGCUCACAGGGCAGACCCGUCGUUCUUUGGGCAAAUUACUUCAAGGUCAAUGUCACCCGUGACUCUUUCUUCAAGUAUACCAUUGAGGUCAAGAAGAAGAUGACCAAGUCGGCGGCUCCGAAGAAAGCAUCCAAGCGUGGUGGCAAAGCCUCCUCAAAGCCAGCUCCUCCCGACACAGAGGGGCCACAGGAAGCUGAGCAGGUCAAGGAGGUCAGGGGCAGAGAGCUUUUCCUCGUCAUCAAGGCGACCCUUGCAAAGCUUUUGGAGCAAGACAAGUCUUUUGUCGCCGCCUCGGAGUUCAAGAGCCAGAUCAUCACGCUCAAGAAAAUCAACCUCCCUGAAAACCCCAUUAUUAUCCAGAUUCCCAAGGAUGAGGGAGAUGAUGAGCUCUUGGACACCUAUAGUGUCCAUGUUCACGGCCCCAGUGAGAUUGAUGUGGGCAGCCUGAAGAAGUAUCUGACGUCCUCGGCUGACGAGCCGGUUGCCAAUGGAGACGUCGCCUUCCCACGCUUCCCUGAAGCCGUCGAUGCUCUCAACACUAUUUUGGGCCACGGGCCAAGGAGCGAUUUCGACAAAACUGGCACCAUCGGAUCACACCGUUUCUUCCCCUUUGGCGACGACAAGGUUAUCGAAAACCUCACCCAUAACUGGCAUGCCCUGUCCGCCGCCCGUGGCUAUUUUCAAUCUGCCCGUCUGGGAACAGGCCGCGUCCUGCUAAACGUCAACGUGACCCACGGCGUCUUUAGGCUGUCGGGCUCAUUGACAGACUUGUUCGACAACCUAGGCUUGAGGGCUGCUCCAAAGACCGACUUCCAAGCCAUGAAGAAGCUUAGGGCCUUUGCUAAGUUCCUGCCCAAAGCGCGUGCUUGGAGAACUAUGAUUCUCGCCAUAGGCAAAAGAAUUCGUCGAUCCAAGGCUAUACAGGGGAUGGCCACUGCUUCCGAUGUAUUCCGUAAAGGACGUGGUGUUGCCAAUCCACCAAAGUUUGACCGUGAUUGGGAGUUUGCGGGACCCAAAAAUGUCCAAUUUUGGCAGAACACGGAUGGAGGAGGAGGCCGGUACAUCUCAGUCUUUGACUAUUUCAAACAGAGCUUUGACAUUACACUGAAAGAUUAUCCGCUGAUCGACAUGGGCACUGACCAAAAUCCCUUCACUUACAUUCCGGCCGAGAUGGUGGAGAUCCAGCCUGGGCAGGCGAUCAAAGCCACUCUCACCAUGGAAGAGACAACAGCAAUGCUUGAAUUUGCAUGCCGCUCACCAUAUUCCAAUGCUCUGUCGAUUAGCGCGGCCAGCCGUCAGGCUCUCAAUCUUGACGACAGCGCACUAGACAAAUUCGGUCUCUCUGUCGACAAGAGGUUGUUGACCGUACAGGGAAGAAUUCUCAACGCGCCCAUGGUAAGCUAUAUUGCCAACGGUAAGAAAGUUGACGUGGCCCCAUCCAAGGGCCAAUGGAACAUGAGAUCAGUCAAGAUCGUCAAGCCAGGCAAGAGGAUUGAGCGCUGGACUUGGGUCAAUCUCAUGGCAGAACAUCAGCGCAGGAGGGCCGUCGAUAAAUCCGUGGUGGCUAGUUACGGUGAAUGGCUGGUUAGCAUGGGCAUCAACAUCAACAAAAAACCCAUGGAUCCAUUCCGGGAGGUGGCCGAUCCCUCGAACCUCGAGAAUGUCUUUGACUGGCUGAAGAAGAAUGAUGUCCAGCUCUUUGUCAUUAUUCUUCCCGAAAAGGACUCCACCGGCUUAUAUAGCAAGAUCAAGACGCUGGGCGACUGUACGUAUGGAAUCCAUACGAGUUGCGUAGUGGCCGCGCAGUUUGCAAAGGCAGCUCCAGCCUAUUUUGCCAACGUCGGGCUCAAGAUCAACCUGAAGGCCGGCGGCACCAACCACAAGCUACGAGAAGAAUUCGGCAUUCUGAGUGAUGGCAAGGCCAUGAUUGUUGGCUACGACGUUACUCACCCAACCAACAUGAGCCAGAGGAAAGGCAGCGAGACUCCCAGCUUGGCCGGGUUCGUAUCCAGCAUCGACAGAGAUCUCGCCCAAUGGCCUGCGAUAGCGUGGGAGCAACCUCCAAGGCAGGAGAUGCUCAGCGACAAACUGCUAGAUGCAUUCAUGACACGGCUAGAUACCUGGAGCAAGCACAAUGGAGGCAAAUAUCCAGAAAACAUCGUCAUCUACCGAGACGGCGUCUCUGAGAGUCAAUUUUCCCAGGUGCUCGACGACGAGCUCCCAACCAUCAGAGAGGCCUGCCGCAAGAAAUAUCCCGCCACCCAGCCCCAGCCAAAACUCACAAUUUUGGUCGCGGUGAAGCGGCACCAAACUCGCUUUUACCCUACUUCAGCAGAUGACAUGUCCAAAUCCGGCAACACCAUCAAUGGGACGGUUGUGGAUCGGGGCGUGACCCAGGCAAGGUACUGGGACUUCUUCAUGACAGCCCACGAGGCCCUCCAAGGCACCGCUCGACCGGCCCAUUAUACCGUUCUCCUCGACGAAAUCUUCCGCGCGAGGUUCGGUGGCAAGGCGACCGACGAGCUGGAGCGUCUGACGCACGAGCUGUGCUACCUCUUUGGCCGCGCCACCAAGGCCGUCAGCAUCUGUCCGCCAGCGUAUUAUGCAGACAUUGUCUGCGAACGGGCUCGUCAACACCGCCCUGAGCAUUACGGGGCUGGCGAUGAUACGGAGAGUAUGUCGACGGUAUCGGGGGCCGGAGCAGGUACGGCAGGGAGACAGGUGCAUGUCAAUCUCAGGGAUAGUAUGUAUUAUAUUUGA